ACAGAACCUAAUCACAUAACCUUGGUUAAUUAGGUUUUUUUUAAUGUAACACAAAAUAUCGUUAGAACAAUACGGUAUCGUCUCAAGGAUUUUAAUUUCUACAGGUAUCGAUGUUUGGUUUUGUUUUACAGCAAAUAAUUCUAGGCACCCACCAAGGACGAAAUUACAAAUGUUAAGUUACAAAAACUCCAUGCAGCAGCAUUUCAGAUUUCACUUCCACCUCAGUGGACCCAUCCCAGACGUCAUUUUUCACAGACGAGCAUAUUAACGACGAUGAACUACUUCCAGAAAAUGCGUCAAGCAAAGGUCAUUCCUUCAGCUCCUGGUCUGGCACCAUGAAAAUGUAUAGUGUUUGGUCACCCUUUUCUCACAUACAAUAUCAAAGUGACCAAACCAUUUCUGAAAAGCCAUGAUUUACAACUUGGGAAAUCUUACUGGAUGGAUGCUAAAGUGAAAGACAUCUUGAACGAUGCACUAGACAAGUUUCCAAAUGACUAUCACAUCAACUGCGGGGGUCCUGCGCUCAACAUUGCCAGAUCAGCACAGGCAAUGGUACACACGCCACGUUCUCUCAUAUUUCUGGGCGAGAAAGCUUUGGACGACAUGAGCAUCCAGCUCGUCCACGUCUUCAAGGAGUCCCAUCUAGGUUUUCAGCUGGAAGAAAACCACAAAUCAAAGACAAAUGUUAUGGUAAUCUUGUACUGUAAGGACAAGUGGUGCGAGCUAUACUUUGUGGAUGCGAAUUCUUCCUUCAGUACAUCGUUCGUUGACAGGCCGUCAAUCAGCAAACUGCUGUCUCGGUCAAACAUUCUCAUUCUUUCUGAUUUGAGCAUUUUAAUGACGCCAAAAGCAGCUCAAAAGUUUUCCUAUUACUGCUCGGCAAGCUUUAAAGUCCUGGCUGUGAAUUUGUCGAACGUUGACAUUUUGACCCGGGCUAAACUCAACGUGUGCGACAUCUUGAACUGUGCGGACAUUUUGUUUCUCAAUAAACGGAGUGCUAAAGCAUUGAUGCAGAUUUUCAACAUCUCAUGUGUGAGUACACUUAGGCAAACUAGUCACAUUGCUGCCUGGAUCAAGUCCCUCUCCAAAAAACAGUGCACAGUCGUAGUAUUCAACGGAAAUGUGGUCUAUGUUACAGAUUCCAACGUAACGUCCAAGCAUAAGACACCAUUCAAGAAAAAACACCCUAUUGUAGAUCAUUAUGGAGUUCAUUGUGCCUUUGUUGGAGGGUUUAUAGCUGGAAUCGGUCAAGGCUGCCCGUUGGAUAUUUGUAUCGACAGCGGAUUUUACUGCGCGGAUAUCGUAACUGGUCAGUUUGGUCUGACCUUCCCGUCCAAUAUGGGAGACCUAUUGUCACUUUGGAAACUACACAUGGAACAGUAUUUGGCGAAGAAAGCCUCACUCAACAAUGGGGAAAUAUCAACGCCUUUUAAGAAACUGAGUACCUGAGGUUUCGUCAUACCAGUGGGUUGGGAGUGGAUGUUGAUAUUAGUAGAAUAUUACUUGCUAUACCAUUGGUUUUCUAGCUGAAUUUUUUUCAAUUGUUCACUUUUUUCAUUAAACGUUGCUGCGACUUUU